ACAAAAGAAUGCGGGCCCAUUAUUGAAUAAAUUUUCACGUAGGAUGCACGUGCAGUAAUCUUAUCGCAUUUUUAUACAUUUAUUUUUUGUAUGACAAAUUUAUAGAAAGUAAAUCUUGAAUCUAGCUUUUAGGCGCAAAAUUUUUUGUGUGAUCAUCAUGAGGGAAAUCGUCCACAUCCAAGCCGGGCAAUGCGGAAACCAGAUCGGAGCCAAGUUCUGGGAAGUCAUCUCCGACGAACACGGGAUCGACUCCACCGGGGCUUACAACGGCGAUUCCGACCUGCAAUUGGAACGCAUCAAUGUCUACUACAACGAGGCGUCUGGCGGGAAGUACGUGCCUCGUGCGGUGCUGGUAGACCUUGAGCCUGGCACCAUGGACUCUGUGCGUUCGGGGCCUUUCGGGCAAAUCUUCAGGCCAGAUAACUUUGUCUUCGGCCAGUCCGGCGCUGGCAACAACUGGGCCAAAGGACACUACACAGAAGGAGCAGAGCUAGUUGACUCUGUCUUGGACGUUGUCAGAAAAGAAGCGGAGGGUUGUGAUUGCUUACAAGGGUUUCAGUUGACUCAUUCCCUGGGAGGAGGCACAGGAUCAGGCAUGGGUACCUUACUCAUAUCGAAGAUAAGGGAAGAAUAUCCUGAUCGUAUAAUGAAUACGUUCUCUGUUGUCCCGAGUCCUAAAGUAUCUGACACUGUAGUAGAGCCAUACAACGCGACGCUAUCAGUUCAUCAGCUCGUUGAAAACACUGAUGAAACUUACUGCAUAGACAACGAAGCACUGUAUGACAUUUGCUUUAGAACGCUCAAACUGACGACGCCUACGUAUGGAGACUUAAAUCAUCUAGUAUCAGCGACCAUGUCUGGCGUGACCACAUGUCUGAGGUUCCCAGGGCAACUGAAUGCAGAUCUGCGGAAACUAGCCGUGAAUAUGGUGCCGUUCCCGCGUCUGCACUUUUUCAUGCCUGGGUUUGCACCAUUAACAUCACGAGGAAGCCAACAAUAUCGUGCCCUCACUGUCCCCGAGCUCACUCAGCAGAUGUUCGACGCGAAAAAUAUGAUGGCGGCGUGCGAUCCUCGCCAUGGACGCUACUUAACCGUCGCCGCCGUCUUCCGCGGCCGCAUGUCCAUGAAGGAGGUGGACGAACAAAUGCUCAAUAUCCAAAAUAAAAACAGCAGUUAUUUCGUUGAGUGGAUCCCCAAUAACGUCAAGACAGCUGUGUGUGACAUUCCGCCUCGUGGGCUCAAGAUGUCUGCCACAUUUAUAGGCAACACUACAGCGAUCCAGGAACUUUUUAAGAGGAUAUCUGAACAGUUCACAGCAAUGUUCAGGCGGAAAGCGUUCCUGCAUUGGUAUACAGGUGAAGGCAUGGACGAGAUGGAGUUCACGGAGGCAGAGAGCAACAUGAACGACCUGGUGUCGGAAUACCAGCAGUACCAGGACGCGACAGCUGACGAUGAAGGGGAGUUUGACGAAGAGGUAGAAGAAGAAGAGUAAAUGUUUGUCCUGUUAUUGUAUUGUCUUGAAUGUCAAUGUUUAGUGUUAGGCGUACUUAAUGUUUGGAUGUUAUAUUUUAAAAAAUAUACACUAUACUGAAA